AACUGCCACGUGUCCAUCACCGUACCGACGAAUCAUUCCUCUCUAAACCACGGCUGCUCGAUUAAAGACAGAGUCCACAAGCUUCGGAUUGUUCAGACAGAAGUUUUCAAACAGCGAAAAAGGUUUUAAUUUUCACUUUCUUUUUUUGGAAUACGAUUCGAAGAACUCAUCAAGAAACUUCCUUUCACUGAUCCCUUGAUCCCAUUCGUAGCUUUCCGCUCUUAUGGAAGAUUCUGGGGUGUAUCCAAUGGGUUCUCUGAGUGGAUUUGGAGUCUAUGGGAUCAUAGGAGGUGGAGUCGUUGCUUUACUUGUACCUGUGUUACUCUCCGUUGUGUUGAACGGAAGCAAAAAGGGGAAAAAGAGAGGUGUUCCGAUUAAAGUAGGUGGCGAGGAAGGUUACACGAUGCGUCAUGCUAGUUCUCCUGAUUUGGUUACUGUUCCUUGGGAAGGAGCUACAACUAUCUCUGCUUUGUUUGAGCAGUCUUGUAAAAAGUAUUCGAGAGAUCGGUUGCUUGGGACUAGAGAGUUUAUUGGUAAAGAGUUUGUUACGGCUAGUGACGGCAGGAAGUUUGAGAAGCUUCAUAUGGGAGAGUACAAGUGGCAAACUUAUGCAGAGGUCUUUGAUCGUGUUUGUAACUUUGCGUCCGGGUUGGUUAAUGUUGGACAUAAUGUUGAUACUCGUGUUGCUAUCUUUUCGGAUACUCGUGCAGAGUGGUUUAUCGCGUUUCAGGGAUGUUUCAGGCAGAGCAUAACCGUUGUUACAAUCUAUGCUUCUUUAGGAGAAGAGGCUUUGAUUUACUCACUUAAUGAGACACGAGUGUCGACUCUAAUAUGCGACUCAAAACAACUUAAAAAGUUGUGUGCGAUACAUUCAAGCUUGAAGACUGUAAAGAACAUUAUUUACAUUGAAGAAGGUGGAGUUGAUGUUGAUCCUAGUGACUUCAAUAAUAUGGAUGACAUAACUGUUUCGUCCAUCUCUGAAGUUGAGUAUCUGGGGCAAAAGACUCCUGUUCAACCGAUCUUACCUUCGAAGAAUGGAGUUGCUGUUAUAAUGUUUACCAGUGGUAGUACCGGCCUACCAAAGGGAGUUAUGAUCACCCAUGGAAAUCUUGUCGCAACUGCUGCAGGAGUUAUGAAGGUUAUUCCAAAGCUGGAUAAGAAUGACACAUAUAUUGCAUACUUACCUUUGGCUCAUGUGUUUGAGCUGGAAGCUGAGAUUGUGGUCUUUACCUCAGGUUGUGCCAUCGGUUAUGGCUCAGCAAUGACUUUAACUGACACUUCUAAUAAAAUUAAGAAAGGAACUAAAGGAGAUGUUUCAGCUCUAAAUCCAACUAUCAUGACUGCAGUUCCUGCUAUUCUUGAUCGUGUCCGUGAUGGAGUUCUGAAAAAGGUUGAGGAAAAGGGAGGGAUGGCGAAGACCCUUUUUGACUUUGCAUACAAGCGCCGGUUAGCAGCUGUGGAUGGAAGCUGGUUUGGUGCCUGGGGUCUGGAGAAAAUGUUGUGGGAUACUCUAAUCUUUAAGAAAGUACGUGCUGUGCUUGGAGGACACAUCCGGUUUAUGCUCUGUGGAGGGGCUCCUCUAUCUCCUGAUUCGCAACGCUUCAUCAAUAUCUGUAUGGGGGCUCCCAUCGGUCAAGGAUAUGGAUUGACUGAAACGUGUGCUGGAGCUACAUUUUCUGAGUGGGACGACCCUUCUGUUGGCCGUGUAGGACCUCCACUUCCAUGCGGCUAUAUUAAGCUUGUUUCUUGGGAAGAAGGUGGCUACAGAAUUUCAGACAAACCAAUGCCUCGAGGGGAAAUUGUGGUAGGUGGUAACAGUGUAACAGCAGGUUACUUCAACAAUCAAGAAAAAACCGAUGAGGUUUACAAGGUUGAUGAGAAGGGCACGAGGUGGUUUUACACCGGAGAUAUUGGAAGAUUCCACCCUGAUGGAUGUCUUGAAGUUAUUGACAGAAAGAAAGAUAUUGUUAAACUUCAACACGGGGAAUACGUAUCUCUCGGAAAGGUGGAGGCAGCUUUGGGUUCAAGCAACUACGUUGAUAACAUCAUGGUACAUGCUGACCCAAUGAACAGCUACUGUGUAGCUCUUGUCGUUGCAUCACACGGAGCAUUAGAGAAAUGGGCAGAGGAAGCCGGAGUUAAACACAGUGACUUCGCUGAGCUAUGCGAGAACGGUGAUGCAGUCAAGGAGGUUCAACAGUCUCUUACCAAGGCCGGAAAAGCGGCAAAACUCGAAAAGUUUGAACUUCCAGCAAAGAUCAAGUUGCUGUCGGAGCCGUGGACACCCGAGUCAGGAUUAGUCACAGCUGCUCUCAAGAUAAAGAGGGAGCAAAUUAAGGCCAAAUUCAAAGAUGAACUCAGCAAGUUGUAUGCCUAAACAAUUUUCUUUGACUUGUGACAAACUCCAUAUAUUUCAGUUUGAAUUUCCACUUCUCGUUAUACCUACAAUAAACAUGUUUUCUCUUUUUAAUCAAAAUAUUGAUCUGAUUACA